CCAGAACCUGCGGGCGAAAUUUACCUUCUCCGUCGUUUCGUUCGUCGUCUGUGCGGUCGCGUGUGCGUGUGUGCAAAAGAAAACUUGUCUCAGAAAAAACUCUUCUGUAGCAGGAAAAACGACGAAAAACGUACGGAAAUUGGCAGCAUUUAGUGCGACAAUAGUUUGUUGGAUUGUAAUCAACAGCGUUUCGGGGAGGCACUUCCAGAUUGAAGCCCAAAUCGCGUUACCAAGCGAAGCGAGAGAGCAAAAUCGAAUUCGCGUGUGGCCGCGCGAUUCGAGUGUGUGUUUUGGAGGAAUUGGGAAAGGCGAAUAUUCGAUCUUAGUGUGCCAAGCAAAAUGGCAGUGAAGAAGUGUUAGCCCCCGGGUGCGUAAUUCUAAUCCACUCCGAGAUAGUAAAACAAAAUUUAUCCCCGUUCCCGAGAAAUAUGUUUCAAGCGAGAUCCAGAGCCAACCGAAGCAGUGAGGACCAUCCGUCACAAUCACCAUCAUCAAUGGCUGCUGCUGGUGCUACAACUAUGGCAAGUGGAACAGCAGCAGCGCUCAACAUUAGCGCUGCUAGCAGUGGCCACAAUGACAGCAGCAAUCUACUAGACGAUGAUCCCAACAGUUCUAUAAUCAAAAAAGUUCGUUCCCGAGUGUCCAGCAUUCUGCCGGACGCCAUAUCGAAAUGGUUUUCACCGGUAGCAAGUAAGCGACCGCGUGACACCGAUACUGCCAGUGGCAGCAACAGUACUCCAACAACGUCCGGUCGCAAUGGAAACCUGCUACGCUAUCAGCAGUCCAGCGGCGGCGAAGGCAGCCCACUGCUGCAGCAGCAGCAUCAUUCACCAGCUCAAGACGAGGAAGAUGACGAAGACCACGCUCCUCCGAUACGGAAAAGAACCCGGUUGGAUGAUGAAUUCAACACCUCCGAAGCGGAUAUCACGGUCGACUUCGGUGCGCAACCGGGCCCUAGCGGGCUCAACAUUUCCGCCAUCGAUCGUCGCGGAUCGCUUCCGGCUUGUGCGCAGCUUCCGCGGAGUGGUCUCCGCAAUAUCUUUACCUCCUCGACGCCUUCCACGUCGCCGCAAAAUGCGGCCGGUUCACUGCAACAAAAGACCAGCAUGCUGGGGUACAGCAAUCGGACGGCGGCGUUUGAUUUUGGGUCCGUCGUCGCUGAACCCUCCACCAGCGGUGGAAAUCCGAUGCCUACCACCGACGAGCUGCACAACGAGAGUUUGACCACCCUGAUACGACAUCGGAAAAGUAUCCGAGAGGUUAGUCAAAGGAAACGAUUGAAUAUUCCACCGAUGGCGGUGGAUCGAUCGACCUCAGAACCUCCGGUAGCUAUCUUUGGCAGCAAAAGGACUGCUUCCAUUGGGAAUCAGCUGAAGGAUUAUGAGCAUAGACAGCUGCAGACCUGCAGAGAAGAUUUGGUCGAGGAAGAAGCAGACCAGAUUCCGGCUGAGCAGGCGAAUGAAAACGUCUUAUCGAACGGUAAUCUGAAUGAAAGUGCUUCCGAAAGCAGCAGCGUAUCCAACUUGAACCUAAGUCAAACUGAACACGCCGACAGUCGUCGGCUGUCCGGAUUCAUGGGUAAUAACCGAAGCAAGCGGUUCAGGGUUGGAGGUUCGACCGGUGACCUGUGCUUUUCGUCUCACUUGGAAACGGAAAAGAGUCUAUUCUCGACCAAGAACGCAGGCGCAAAAGGUUCUGGCCGACCGACUUUCAAUGCUUCAAUCUACGGCAGCACGUCUUCACUAGGUAGUAGUCACAGCAGCCUGUUUGCCAACUCUCCGUUCUACAACGGACGAACAACGUACGGGGGCGCUUCAGCGUAUACAAACCGGCGUGAUACGCGCCAAAAGGCGCUUCGAGUUCCUGUACAAAUUCGACCCUCAUCAUCGCUGUCGAAUUUCUCAUCUUCCAACGUCAGCCUGGCGUCUGACACUUCGGCCCUCUCGAAUACAGCGAAGCGCAUCUUAGAAAUCAUGAAUCAAUGCUCCGGACCGUUGAACGAAGCCCGCAAGCUUGGUAGCAGUCUUAGUCUGAAUAGCACCCUGGCAUCCGCCAAAGUUCCCGGAUUGGUUCAAGCGCGCAAGCGCUUCAACGAGGAAGAUCUCAGCAUAAAUCGCAGCAUACGAAUGUCUAGUCCACGGACCCCCUACAGUCGGCCGGUCAGUGCCACCGGUAUCAGUAGCUCCUCAUCGAACAUCAACAAACCGCCAAUCGCGGAACUGCUAGUUCCAACCACCUCACAGUUGCUGCAGAUGAAACGGCUGCAAAGCAACACCGAAUCGGUGCGUCGUCUUGCAACGGAAUCCGCCGGCAAAACGGUGCUUAAUCAACCGACCGAGUACAAGCUGGCAACCGAUGCGGCGGACGACAGCAACAACAACGUGAAGCACACCAGCAAGAUGCGCAACAAGUUGAACCGUGUCCGGGAGGAGUCGCAGGCUGAGCGAAGUAACAAUUCUUCAGUGGCCCAGAUUAACCUGCCGGAUGUGCAGCUGACCGGUUUGAAAUCAGUUCCUAAAUUCGACAUCAAAUUUCCUGGCCAGGCUGCUAACAGCAGCAACGGAACGGCUGGAGGUAAAACGUCCGAUGCUGUUCAGUUCGGUACAAGCGCUAAGAAAGACUCUUCACAACAAAAUAACAACCGCGACAGCCUGAGCAGUGGUUACAACAGCAGCAACAACAACAGUAGUACCACCAUCGGAAGCAUGUCGCCCCUCAGUAGUAACAAUAAUAAUUUGUAUAAAUUUUCCUCUCCGACUAAGUUGACGGUAGCUCCUACCGUGUCCGAUGGAAAGUUCGGCCAGAAAGUCCCGAAUCACUUUAAGUUCAGCGAUCCGGAACUGCUCGAAACUGGCAAGGGCAAAGACGGCAGUCCGAAAGCUGCCAACGCAGUAACUAAGCUGACCGGAAUCAAGUUCGAUCCGUACAAGGCCAAACCUAAAGCUACUGCGGAAGUUGUUCCUGUUUCAAGUUCCGCAGCAGCAGUCAAAACUCAGCCACCUCUAAAAGUUGGCAGUUGUCUGGACGCACUGAAAAGUCCGACCCUAGCAGUAGCACCGGCUAAAGCGACUUCUAGUGAGCCGCUCGCGGCCGCUUCCGGUUUCGGAAAUGCAUUCAAGCUGACCGGUUCGAACAAAUGGGAGUGUGAGGCUUGUAUGGUUCGAAACAAUCCGGAGCUGACUAAAUGUGUCGCUUGUGAAACACCUAAACCGGGUGCUAAAGCUGCCGUCGCCCCACUUGUCCCCAGUAAAUCGGCUCCCCCCGUCGUUGCGGACGUAGGCUUCAAAGCGUUAGCGGCUCAGCAAUCUGCAAAAUGGGAAUGCUCUUCCUGUAUGACUCGAAACGAUGCGGACAAGACGAAAUGCGUUUGCUGUGAAAUGGCGAAGCCGGGAGCGGCCCCGUCAGUAGCUGCGGUGAAGUCUAUGUUUUCGAUGCCCGUCACCAGCUCUAGUUCCGAUGUGGGCUUUAAGGCGUUGGUUGCGCAGCAAUCCGCAAACAAGUGGGAAUGCACGGCUUGUAUGACGCGAAACGAAGCAUCCCGUUCGAAGUGUGCCUGCUGUGAGCAGGCUAAGCCGGGUUCCACGCCAGCGGAUGCUCCUUCGUUCUCUUUCGGUAGUCAAUCCACGAUUGGAGCCGCGGCGGAGGCUAAAUUCAGCUUUGGAAUACCGGCUGGUAGCAGUACAGGCACCGAAAAGUCAUCUGUAACAUCGGGAGGCUUCUCAUUUGGAGGAACUCCGGUCAGCUCUACCAGUGCCGCCAGCACCAGUACAGGAGGAUUCACCUUUGGUGCUGUUGCGACAUCCAGCACAGCUGCCAGCAGUACAGAGGUUAAGCCUAAAACGAUAUUCGGUACAAGCAAUGCGGCUGUCACGGUCGCUGAAGGUGGCUUUAGUUUUGGCAUACCCAAACCGGUCACCUCUUCUUCGGAUGACGUAGAUAGUAGCAAAAAGCAGGAGGAAAAGAAAGACACAAAAGUAGUACCCAGCUUUGGUAGCUCCACCGAAGGGUUCACUUUCGGUUCAAAAACCACGACUGACACGAUGAAAAAGUCCGAAACAGUUACCUCUACAACGGUCACAGGUGGAUUCAGCUUCGGCACCUCACCGGCAGCAGCUGCUUUCAAGUCAACGGAAGCUCCUAAAAGUACCGGUUUUACCUUUGGUAAACCAGCAGAAAUUCCGGCAUCAUCCGUUUCAACAAUUUCGUCAACAUCGGCAACAACCGCCAUCACUAGUUCUGCUGUGGCGGAGAAGAAGCCAACGUCAACCGCUUUCAGUUCGAUAGUAUCAUCCAGUUCUGCAACAGCAGCAUCCUCUACGCCACCACCACCGACUUCGUCAACAUUUAGUUUUGGCACUCCAUCCGAUAGCAGCAGCAGCAACAAGCCGGUUGCGCCGGUCGCAAGUGGAAUGUUUUCCUUCGGCACUCCCAAAUCACCGGUGCAGACCGCCACUGCGAAAGAAUCGUCGGUUGCGACCGCUACCGCUCCAGCGGGUAAUGUUCCUAUCUUCGGCGGUGCCCAGAAAGCGCCCGGACCAUCAAUUACACCGAGCUUUUCCUUCGGUGCACCAGUGGCUGGUUCGAGUGCGGCCAGUAGCAGUACAAUAGUUCCAUCUACGACAGCAACGGUAGCUCCCACGUUUAGUUUUGGUGCGGCUGCUGCGAAACCGGCUGUGACUAACACCACAAGCAGUGCCACACCGGUUUCGUCUACCUCGGCUACGAGUUUCGUCUUUGGCCAAAGCAAUGCAGCGGCAAAAACCACCUCCGGUUUUGGAGCUCAAACCACAGUCUCGGACAAGCCGACCACGUUUGGUGGGUUUGCCGCUGCAACACCCCCGAGCAGUUCUAUUUUCGGUGGGGCAGCCGCUGCGACACCUUCAUCGGGAUUCAGUUUCGGCGCGUCGGCAGCUUCUCCCGCGUCUUCUAAACCGACCGAAACGUCAUCACCUGCAUUUAGCUUCGGUGGAGCGAAUAAGAGUAGUUUAACAUCGAAUGCUCCCGUUUUUGGUGCGGCAACCGCUAGCAAAACUAUCUUCGGUAGUCCAGCAGCAACCGGCGUAAGCAACAACUCAACAUUCGGUUCUUUCGGAGCAGUCGGGAACGCGAACAACAGCACUACGGCAACAUUCGGUUCCAGCACCUUCGGAGCAACAUCCCCGUCAACGACCGCCAAUACCAGCGGUUCCAUAUUCGGACAAACGUCGGUUCCGGCUUUCGGUGCACCAAGCGGAUCGGCCGCCGGUGCCGCCCCCACGUUCGGUGCCGCUCCGACCGGCUUCGGAGCAAUGACUGGCUCCAGUAAUCUAUUCGGUGUCCCGUCGACAACGUCCGCACCCACAGCGGAUGAACCACAAACCAAGAAACCGUUCGAAUUUGGCUCGAACACUACUGUAAAUAGUCAAUCAGCUGCGCCCUUCCAGUUCGGAGCCGCCAGCAACAAUAACAAUAACAACAACAAUGACAACGGCUCAAAGCCGUUCUCCUUUUCGGCGCAUUCGGCGCCGAACUUCAACUUUACCGCCGGAUCGAAUGCUGGACAAUCGUCGGCUCCCUUUACCUUCGGAGGCCAGAACCAGAGCAACGCUCCCACCGCUCCCGGAGGUGUGUUCAAUUUUGGCGGCGGUGCUGGCCUUUCUGGGUCUGCAGGACUUGGAGGAAUGGCGGAAGGCCACGAGUAUAACGGGCCAAAGCAGCGCGCAGCAGCAGCGCAGAAAACUUCGCGCCACUCGUCGUAUAACGCCCCGGUAGGAACACGAAGCCGUCAAUCAGCCUUCAAACGCAUCAGCAAUUCCCCCGCUUCAGCAGCGGCAGCAGCAGUCGCCGCUACUCGUACAAAGUACGCCAAUCUAGUGUGGACAAAGGACGGCCACCAUCACCCGACGCGACCAGCAACAACGAUUACGACUAGCAGCAACUCUACCGGCGGUCCGGUGGUGGCAUCUGCUGCUGAUAAUCCAACGACGACUUCGUCAUACAACUUCGACAAAUCACGAUUCCGUUAUUUCGCGCCGGAUCUCAAGCGCAAAUCGACCGACGGUGGACAACAACAGCAGCAGCAGCAGCAGCAACAACAUCAUCCUCAUUAUCAGCAACAAAAGCAAGACAACGGAAACUGAUUAAAAAAAAGGAAAAAGGUAAGAGACAGAGAGAGGAAAAACCUUCCCGGUCCGAUGGCCAAUACACUGCGCGGUGUGUUAUUUUUGUACAGUAAUUCACGAAAGGUGAUGCCUUUUCCCCCUUGCCGUCGUCGUUGUCGCCGCCGCCUCGUAAAAGGAAAUGAAAUUAUUUUAUAAGCACCAGAAUUUUUCAGUUUAGCGCAAGAGAGUGGAUAGUGCCCCUGCAGGUGUAUUCGCCAUUUCGGGAAGCCACCUUCUCCUCGCUAAUAAAUAAUACACUUUAACUUUAGAAUAACGAUAACUAGUGGGAAAAGAAAGAAGUGAAAAAAAAAACCGCCAGCAAAGUCUGACAGCAGAUGGUAGAGAAAAGUUAUCUACAUUAAAGGAGACGAAUCCGUCGAGAUUCAUCACCCAUCAUUGAUCAUUUACGUUUCAAUAAGGAAACAGAAGAGAGUAAAAAAAAACAAACCGCAAAGGUUCACUGUAAUUAUCUAAACAAAAGAAAAAAAAGAAACAAAAAAAUCUAUUUAAGCUUAUAAAAUAGUACGAUUGUAGGAUGCUUUAAUAAUUGAAUUGAAAAAUGGUGAGACUCGGGAGACGAAAAAAGCAAAAAAGGACACACACACGAUGUGAGACUAUGAAUGUGUAUAAAUUCGAACGUGAAAUUGGAUGGACGACGUUUUUUCCUCACAGAUGAGGCAAGAGAUUGCGUUUAACUUGCCAGAAGCGCCAAAGGAAGAAGUAGAAGUAGAAGGCACAUUGUUAUAGAAGAUGAAAGGGGGAAGGUGUUUCACCACUUUCCCCGUUAACUACCACACACAUACAUACAUAUGAGAAAGUAUGAUUAGUAGCUUGUUUACAUUUUUUGGGUAUUGUAUUCUGGGCGAAAAAAGUAUGACGAUAGACGAAUAAAAUCCUUUUUUUUGUUAUUCACUUUUCUGUAAUUUAUUAUCGAACGCGGAAGCGUUCUGAUUGCGAGUAUGCACGAGAUGGAAGAAUAGAAGGGGAGAGCGAAGGGCUCUAAAUCCUUGUAAAACUAGUAAGACGCUCACACACACGAACACGUAAACCUACGCAGAGAACGAUACUGAACGAUGUACUUUUUUAUAUUCUGUUUACUUAACUACUAGAACGUACGAAAACUUGUGAACACUACUGACAAACACGUUAUUGAGGAAGAAGCAGAAGAAGAGAAACGAGAAGAAAACUGAAAAUUUGUUACACACUGAGAUAUUGUUCAGGCAUCCUUCAAUGUAUAGAUUCUAUCAGAUAAAGGACGUUUAACCAAAAGGAAAAGGAUGAAACCGCAGGAGUAGCACCAAAUUAGGUGGAGCUUAAAAAAACAGUGAAAUCAUUAAAUGCAGUGGUGUUGUGAACAAACAAAACAGUUAAAUUUCUACCAGUAACGAUAUUCUUCGAAACUCGAUUGAGAAACCGCGCGCGUAGUCUUAUAUUAAAUCAAUGAAUGAAAGAACGAAAAUAACGGUGCAACGCGUCGAACCUGUCUAGCUUUAUAAAUGUUCUACCACAGAUUGAUAAACAAAUCUCCGACGUUUCGAGUCCUUUUCCUGGUGCGUUCUCUUUAGGGAAGUUAACUAUUAAGAUAAGCCACACACUACUCUUCAAAACGGUAGCAAGUAAACACACAAUCGGGUCCGGGCACUGGGCUAAAAAAGGAGAAUUGACACUCCAGUGUCAGUAGUGGGUCGAAUGGAAGAGAUCGUUUCCAGCCUGGUAGCUGGUAGAGACGCUCGGGGGCCUCCUAGCACGCGUAACACGUUCCAAUGUUCAGCAACUUUAACAAUUAGAACAUUACUCAAGACCUCGCGAAAGCGACCAGAAAAAAAAACGGAGAAGGCCCCCCACUUCGGUUCACUUAGCCAUAAUGUUAUGAAAUGAGGAAAACAACUGUGUAUAAAGCUAGAACUAGUUUAUUUAAAAAAAUACAAUCCGCCAAAAGAAGUGCAAGUCAGUUCUCCUUUUUUUUCCGUGCCGGUGCAGAACGCAAAUGAACAGCAUCAAUCGGUUGGUUCACGGUGCCACAACAGAGGGCACUGUUUCGUAGAAAGACAAACCUCGAAAACAAGCUUUCAUCUCAUAACGGUCGCGUAUAACCAAAAUUCAAAACCGCACCUACAUUCUCAUCACACAAUUCAAUUAGAUUCGUUGAUACACACACACACCGAACAGGGUGGUACGGCUGUGAUUGCCACCUGCCUCUGGAGUGCAUCUUUUUUUUGUUUCUCUGUCCACAACUAUUCAAUCACUCAGCAGCAACACCGUUGUUACCACACAAUUUGCUGAUAUAGCCAUUAUUCCGUGAUCUUAGAACAAAUCUCACUUUUUUCCCAUUUGCUACUCGAUUGAGAUAUUGAUAGGUUUUAGUCAAAUUAAAAAAACAAACGGCAGGAGGCAAUGCAAGACGUACGUACCUUCGAAAAAUUUCAAACAGAAACCUACAAGCAAAACAGCGACUAACCAUGAUGGAUACAACAGAAAUCGUAAAGUAAUGUUUAUUGUUAUUUUAAUGACCUUAUGAUAAAUUAAGUAAAAAGAAGGAGCUGAAACAAAAUAAAAACAGAGGAGAGAGUGAAAAGAAGAAAGGAACAGAUUUUGUUUAGUAAAAAUAAAAUGAUUGACAAAAAAAGAAUAAUAAUAAAAAAAUUCAACGUA